CCAGGGGGUGGGACGAACGAACUUCUCCAGUAUCGGAGAGCGUACUGAUAGCCUCUUCAUAAAGCAUCCUCUGUCGAGAAGCAAUAGAUUUUUCUUUAUUAUCGCAAUUACUUGAAUUAUUAUUAUUUUUAAAAGAAAAGCACUCCCGACGCUUAAGACGCUAGAUGAAUUCAACGGGGAAACGUACUUUGCUCCUUCUUUUUGUGGCGCUUAUAACGCAAGACUGCUUCUCCUCUAAAGGGGAGGACCGGCUCUUCCGGCGGCUCUUCCGCAGGUAUAACCAGUUCAUUCGGCCGGUGGAGAACGUGUCCGACCCGGUGACCGUGGAGUUCGAGGUCUCCAUUUCCCAGCUGGUCAAAGUGGAUGAAGUCAACCAGAUCAUGGAGACCAACCUCUGGCUUCGACACGUCUGGAAUGACUACAAGCUGCGGUGGGCUCCCGUUGAAUUUGAUGGAAUCGAGCACAUUCGCGUCCCGUCCAAUAAGAUAUGGCGGCCGGACAUCGUGCUUUAUAACAAUGCUGUGGGGGAUUUUUUGGUGGAAGACAAAACCAAAGCCCUGUUGAAGUUUGACGGGACGGUGACGUGGGUCCCCCCGGCCAUCUUUAAGAGCUCCUGCCCCAUGGACAUCACCUACUUCCCCUUCGACUACCAGAACUGCUCCAUGAAGUUCGGCUCCUGGACCUACGACAAGGCCAAGAUCGACCUGGUGCUGAUCGGGUCGAAGGUCAACCUGAAGGACUUCUGGGAGAGUGGCGAGUGGGAGAUCAUCGAUGCUCCGGGGUACAAGCACGACAUCAAGUACAACUGCUGCGAGGAGAUCUACCCCGACAUCACCUACUCCUUCUACAUCCGCCGCCUCCCGCUCUUCUACACCAUCAACCUGAUCAUCCCCUGCCUGCUCAUCUCCUUCCUGACCGUGCUGGUCUUCUAUCUGCCCUCCGACUGCGGCGAGAAGGUCACACUCUGCAUCUCCGUCCUGCUCUCGCUCACCGUCUUCCUGCUGGUCAUCACCGAGACCAUCCCCUCCACCUCGCUGGUCAUCCCGCUCAUCGGCGAGUACCUGCUCUUCACCAUGAUCUUCGUCACGCUGUCCAUCGUCAUCACGGUCUUCGUGCUGAACGUGCACUACCGCACGCCCAUGACGCACACCAUGCCGGGGUGGGUGCGCUCCGUCUUCCUCCGCGUUCUGCCGCGGAUCAUGCUGAUGCGCCGGCCGCUCGACCAGCAGGAGGCGCUCAAGGGCGGGGCCGGGAAGAGGAGGAGGAACAGCGUCUCCCAGCAGGGGGCGCUGGAGUACGGCGACAGCAAGAUGUCCCUGGAGCACAAGAAGUGCCUGUGUCAGCACGGCAAGGAGGCACCCGAACCCCCCGACCCCAAACAGGCCCGGCAGCUGAACCCCCAGUCCAUCAGCACCGUGGUGGCCUUCUCUGUGGUGUCCCCCGAAAUCAAGCAGGCCAUCGAGAGCGUCAAGUACAUCGCCGAGAACAUGCGCAGCCGCAACAAGGCCAAAGAGGUGGAAGACGACUGGAAGUAUGUGGCGAUGGUGAUUGACAGGAUCUUCCUCUGGGUUUUUGUGCUGGUCUGUGUGCUUGGAACACUGGGCCUUUUCUUCCAGCCUCUCAUUGGCUUCUUAUCAUAGUCCCGCCUCCAACCCUCCCGGCUGUGCACACACCCACCCCCCCCCCACACACACACACACACACACACACACACUCACACACACACCCAAACACACACAUACACACACACACACUCACACACACACACCCAAACACACACAUACACACACACACUCACACUCACACACACACACACACGCUCACACGCACACACACUCACACACGCACCUAUACGUGUCUCCAGGUUCAGUGCAGCCGUAUGUGCUGUGUGCUGGUAUAGAAUGGUCCCUGUGGCCGUGUUCCUGGGGAUCACUGGGGAUCACUGGGAGAUCACUGGGAGAUCACUGGGAGAUCACUGGGGAUCACUGAGAGAUCACUGGGAGAUCAUUUAUGCUGCUGAAGGCUGGUUUGAAGUAGGCCAAACUGUGGAAGGGUCUCCAAACAAAUAUUUGCCUUUCCAGCUGGAUGAAAUUAAUCCAACAGGGGGUCCUAUUCAUUAUUUGAAACUAUUAAUAUGUAAAUGAAGUGUUUUCAGAUGAAGGGUGCCAAACAUUAAUGAUGUGAGUCUCUGUAAUAUAAAGCAUGUGGAUAGUGCAUGAAGGAUUUCCGAGUCAGAUCUCCAGGAUUCUGAUUUCUGUUUCUGUGCAGUAGGCCUAUGUGAUCGGAGAGACAGGAUUAGAGCUCAGUGUUUUGUAUUUUCUGACUGUUUUUCCUUCUUGUUAAGCAGUUGUAAAAGGCUUAUAUUUCUAUUUUGAUCAGCACAUACCAACUUCACACUUUGCGAUUAAAAUUAGUGAUGCAAUUAAAAAUUCUGCUGGGUUUGAGCCACGGAUGUUUUCCUCUGUCAUUUAUGUGAUAUAAAUAUCAUCUUUCUUCAGAAUAA